GUCCGCCUACCCCGGACACAUGAAGCAAUUUCCACAGACAACACAGACUACUCGGCAGACAUGGCCUCCGCCUGCAGCCUCCGAUGUGACGAGCAGCUCCUGUGUUCCAUCUGUCUGCACGUGUUCAGCGAGCCUGUCUCUACGCCAUGUGGACACAACUACUGCAUGGCUUGUAUCACAGGGUACUGGGCCAGCAGCGGCCAGAUAAAGUGUCCCCUCUGUAUGAAGAAGUUCCGCAGGAGACCACAGCUCCUGGUCAACACGGGGUUCAGAGAUAUGGUGGAGCAUUUCAAAAGCAUAAGUGAGAGGGAUGAAGAGGACAUCCAUGUCAAACCAGGGGAGGUGCCUUGUGACAUCUGCCUCGUGCCGAAGCUCAAGGCUGAGAAGACGUGCCUGGUGUGUUUGGCCUCGUACUGCCAGCUUCACCUGGAGCCUCACCAGAGGGUCGCGACCCUCAAGAAGCACCAGCUGGUGGACCCCGUGUCCGACCUGGAGGAGAGGGUGUGCAAGAGGCACGACAAGAUGUUGGAGCUCUUCUGUCGCGAAGACCAGACGUGUGUUUGUUUCAUGUGCUUGAAAGACGACCACGCGGCGCACGAAGCCGUCCCGUUGGAGCUCGCCUUCAGGGAGAGGAGAGUCCAGCUGGACUGUGUGACGUCAGAGAUGAACAUGAAGGAAAACUCCAAAUCCAGGAGUAUGAAGGAAAUCAAACACUCAGCUGAUCGGAGCAAGAAAGCGUCUGAGAAAGAGAUAGCGGACAUUGCGGAUGUUUUCACUGCUCUGGUGGUCUCCAGGGAAAGACACCAGGACGAGCUGAUCGAGGUGAUCCGGAAGAAGCAGGACGCUGCGCAGAAGACGGCUGAAGACCGUGUGACACAGCUGGAGCUGGAAGUAGCUGAGUUGAGGAGGAGAAGAUCCGAAAUGGAGCAACUCUUACAAACAGAGGACCACCUCCUCCUCCUCCAGAGCUGUCCAUCUCUCUUACCUGCACAGACUGAGGACAUAUUCAACCCUCGGUCCUCCUCCAUCCCUCCAUCCACAUCUGACCUCCUUGACCUCAGUCAGCAGAGUUAUGUGGCGACGGUGAAAGAAGCAGCGGCCCAGAUGGAAAAGAGCCUCAGCAAUGAGAUGGACAUGCUUAUACAGAAGGUCAGGUUUGAUUGUUGUGAUGCUGAACAGAUGCCAGACGGGUUUGUUCGCGCGUGGACUCCACCUCGGGACAAGCUGAUGAUGAUCCAGCAGAACGAUGCGGUGGAUGUGACGCUGGACGCCUACACAGCUCAUAAAAGUCUCAUCGUGUCUGAGGAUGGGAAGCAACUGAGCUUUAGGCACGGUCGACCAUCUCUUACUGCUUUGUUUGGGAGAAGAUUUCAACUCCAAAGCUACGUUCUUGGGAAAGAGGGUUUUUCCUCAGGUAGGUUCUACUAUGAAGUGGAUGUUAGUGAGAGUAGACGUUGGGUAUUGGGAGUGGCCAAAGAGUCCGUUCACAGGGAGGUCCUUUUCACUACCCGCCCUGAGGAUGGGUGCUGGACACUUAUCAGAUAUUACGACUCUUUCCAAGGCGAUUCUACUCAAACGUGGAUGAAUAUUUGCUUUCAAAUGCCUCAGACUGUUGGUGUGUUUGUUGAUUACGAGAAGGGAGAGGUCUCCUUCUAUGACGUGGACGCCAGGACUCUCAUCUACUCCCACUUAGGAUGCGCCUUCAUCGAGGGAAUACCAGCAUUGACAUCUUUUCUCUAUUCUCUGGUUGGCGCAUCCGUAAGUGGCAGACAAAAGCUCUACCCUUUUUUUGGUAUCUUUGAACUUAAUGUUGACAACACUCUUGUAAUCACUCCUGUCGCACAGCCAACGUAAGGUGCCAUAUUAAUCAGGGCAAAUAAAUGUGUAACUUCUGCCGUAAGGUAACAGCAGUAGAAUCAAACAUUACAAAAAGACCAUAACACUCAUAAUACUCAGUUUGAUUUUUUUCCGAUGUGAGGUCAAAGGUCAGAGAUGUGGUAUGUGUACAGAUUGUAAAGCCCUCUGAGGCAAAUUUGUGAUUUUGGGCUAUAAAAAAUAAACUGAAUUGAACUAAAUGUAUAUAUUUAUAUAAUGUUUAGCUUUUGGUUUUUCCAGCCAUAUUGGAAAAACAUUCAGAGAUUUAAAGUGAAAAUGCAGGUGGGAUCAUGGACCUCGCAGUUGGUGAUGUGGUUAAUAAGUUCAAAUAAAACAUACCCCUCUAAUAUGUACCGACACAUUCUCCUCCAGAAAGCUGAAUAAAUGUAGCGAUUUAACAGAA